GCUGGUGAGAUGGAGCGGGUCGCCCAUCGGGCCCUUAAGUGCUCCCAGCCUCGGGCCCGGCCGCCGCCACCCGUGAGCUUCGAGGAGGAGCUUUACGACUGCCUCGACUACUACUACCUGCGCGACUUCCCGGCGUGCGGAGCCGGCCGCAGCAAGGGCCGGACGCGGCGCGAGCGGGAACUGCGCACCAACCGGCCGGUCCCCGGCGGCCACGAGCGCAAGAUCGCGCAGAAGCUCCUCAACGGCCAGCGCAAGCGGCGCCAACGCCAGCUGCAGCCCCGGCCGCGCACUCGCCUCGGCUGAGCGCCGGUGCGUCCGGCCGUCCGUGAGGCUCCAUCUGGGCAGAGUCGGCCCUUCUGAGGCUGCCCCCCAUCAGCACCCUGACACCCCCACCUUCUCUACUGACUGCAGUUGAAACAGUGAUACCCUAAGGACCUGAUAAAAGUAUUUUCUCUGACUCCAGCUGUAACUGUGGUCCUAAGGAGGAGAGAGCCAUGUUGGUCAACAGAACUUUUCCACAUCGCUUAAGUUUACUGCUUCAAUAGCUUUUCCUUACUAAUCGAUUGUUAAUUAACGUCCAAGUGGGUAUGCCUUUUUAGGGUUUUUAAUUAAAAGAGAGCAGCAAGAAUGGCA